GCCAAUCACAUAGAACAUAAAUUAUUUUCAAAUAACAACAGAAUUACCUUAUAAUGCUUUACACCAUAUUGUUCUUGGAAGGCCUAUCAACAAAGUAGGAAGUAACCCGCAGACCAUCUAUAAUAUCUUAAUUUCACAUUGGAAGAAAAGUACAGUAUGAUAUUUGAUUCUGCGUAAAAUAUAAAUGUAAAAAUCAACCACUACUAACAAUUUAAACUUGAGAGUUUAUAGUCUUGCCUUAAAGGAUUGUUAGUGGUGGUCUGCAGCUUGCUACUUAAAGAAUGCCAAUUGUCAUGCAAUAACCGGUGAUUAUUCAUUAUAAAAUACCACUCAGUUCUUCUAGUUUUGCACCAUCACCAAGAGCCCAUGUCUACCAAAACAUUCUUGCUAGCCUUGCUGCUCCUUGGAGUGGUGAUCUUCACCACACCAUCCUCUGCUGAACCUCCUAAUCAUAAGACACCUUCUGCAGAUGAGGAAUCAACCUUAUAUCAUGGGCCCCGAAGGUACAAGCGACCACUGAAUUACAAACCACUUUCUGCUGAUCAAGAGUAUGCAAAGCCAUCACCCUUCCCGCCACCACACAACCUGCCUUCUGCAGAAGACAAAGCAACCUUUCAUGGCAAGCCCCCAAAAUACGAAGAACCACCGAAUUACAAACCGCUUUCUAUUAAAAAGGACUCUGUAACCCUUGAUGAUCAAAAGCCAACAUGCCACCCGCCAGCACUAACACACAAACCACUUUCCACGGAGGAGUAUGCAACCGUUCCAAAACAUAAGCCGCUACCAAAGAGAGGGCACAUGCCAUUUGCUGCUGACGAGGACACAGGAACUGUUGAUGUGACGUGUCAUAAGCCACCAUCAGCCAACUAAGCGGACUUGACUACUACUUAGUUGGUUGAAUAACCUAAGAAUGUAUAGAUAUGAGAAAUAAGACGAGCAGUUUGUACAUGUGUUGUUGUUUCAGUUGGUCCUAUUUACUAUAUAGUGUGGGACUGUAUUAAAUUAAUGUCUCUAUA